UUUAGUAAUUAAAAUGCCAGAAAUGAAGUCUUAUGAGUGUUUGCUGUUUUAUGUUUGUUUGUUUGUUUGUUUUUCUUUUGGUUGCUGUGGUGGUGACAUGAUAUGCAGUUCAAGUUAAUAAAUCCCUUAGCCUUCUGUUCAGGAGGUAUCCCUGUGUGCAGGAUUUUUUCAGUAUACAUGGGAACAAUGAUUCUGUCAAAACAACAUAGUAUUUCUUGAUGAAUUUUUUAAGAUAAUCUUUAACCUUUCCUAAAAGUAGAUUAGAAGGUUAAAUAUGUAUUUUGGCGGAAGGAUGCAUGCAUGACAUUAGUGUAGGAGUGAAUAAUUUUCUAUGCAUCUUUUCAUCUCUUAAGUUUUUCUGUUGAUAAGGAAUCUUGCUGUUGUUGGGUAAGAUGAGAGGGUUAUAAAUGAACUAUUAGUGGGCCAUUGGUUAAGUGUCCUUUUAGUAAUAUGGUAGAGGUAUUGGCUUAGCUCAGAAGUUUCUUUCCUUUAGUUGGAGGGGUGGGUACCUUUUAGAAAAUAUAUUCUGAAUUAGUUCUGAAGUACACAGACCAUCUCCUUUCCUAUCUGUAGAGUCUUUGCAUUGCAAGCAGUUUUUGUUCUAGAUAAGAAAGCAUUUUAACAGCAACUUCUGUAUUGCAUCUUUCAGUACUUUUCUGAGGAGAAUUAGUAGUUGGUACUGUUGUAGCUAGUUAGUACUCAGAGUGCUCUGCAAAUGGUAAGUGAAGUGCUUGGUGCAAAAGCAGCAGAUACAAUCUUAAGGAGUCUUUGUAGUUAUGUUUAGUUCUGGAAGAACUCUGUCACUGUAAGAGAAGUACAGUUAUAUGUAUGGAGUGUAUGCAUUUAACUUCAUAAAAUCUUGGCGGAAAAAAAAGUAGAAAAGGACCGGUACAAAUUUUAAGAUAGAUGCAUGAAAACUUGCAUUUUUCUUCACCUCAAAAAAGGAGUUUGUUUUCUAUUUGAUACUUCAUUUUGUAGUUAAUUUCUCCUUUUAUGCAGAAUGAAUGCUCCUGCUCUAUAAGGCUGAUUUCCAUCUGGAGCUAUCUGCUGUUUAGUAGGUUUUAUUUGAUAGUGGUUUUCAAUAUGUGACAAGAUAGAAGUGGAUACGUUUGCAGUUUAAAAAUGCAUGUUAAGCCAGAGCACGUGUUCAAAAUGUAAUAUGCUUAACUAUUUAAUAGAGGGGGAAUCUUCUAGUAUGAGCACUUGUCCCUGCAUUGAGAACAAACUAGGGGCAUUCAGCUUCACGAGAACAGGUUACAGAUGCUGAUGUUACAGCAAACCCGAAAGGGAAGAGUGUCUGAGUUGCUCUGGCCUUGUAGGAUUUAGAGCCAAAAACAUGGAUUGCCUUCAAAGUUGCUCUUCAAAAAUAGUAUUUUAGUCUCUAAAUCAGGAUUUAAACAUGCCGAUUUUUCUUUCAUUUUUGUCCUUGUUAACUUGCUCCAAAUGUAUUUGUUACAGUAAAUGUUUCUAUUCGGCUUGCUUACCUGUGUUCAUUCGUCUUGCCACUGAUUUUCUUUAGCUGGAGCUGUUUUCUUUAGAGGUAUUUGACAACUUUCUCUUCUGAAGUCUUAAUACUGACAGAGAAAAUAAUACCUAUAACACGUAACUAUAUCAGCUGUGGGGAAGGUGUUCUGAUUUUAUGUGAUGUUAGGUGGCUCUUCCUGAUUUCCUAGAAACAGAACAGCAAAACAUGUAAAUCAAAUAUUAAUCAAACAAAAUGUAGAAAUAUUAGGCUUGAAAAAUGUUUUUUGUUUAUUAAUGAACACAGGUAAAUCUGGUGUUUGAGUUAGCAAUUGAGUGAAAGUUGGAGGCACAUACCGCUUUUCCCUUUCUUCCCCUUCUUCCUGUGUUGAUUUCAUUUUUCUGUACUCUAUUUUCCCUUUUCACUGCUAUAUAUAUGUAAGAUAAGAAUUUAGAAAGAAUGUUCAGCUCCAGUUGUAUUGACGCUUCCUUGAGAAGUGUUGAAAUCUGGUUGUAUUGUCCUUUAUCUUCUGGGAAGCUGAGUGUUCUUUUUUUGCCCAGAAAUAUUUAAUAAGACACAUGCUUCUAUCUGACUUUCAGUGCUGGAUUUGUUUCACACUGGGAGAAUUUUUUUAUUUCAGGAAAUCAGCAUUGCAUGAAAAGAUGUUCAUUCUUUUAAUAUUGUGUUUAUGUUGACUCUUAACAAAAGGAGGCAAUCUUUUCAGUGUUUUUGUCUUUGUAAUAUGAUAAAUCAACUUAAACAGAAGCAGGACCUUUACCAGUGGAUGUCUCCUUAAAACACUUAAUUCCUGAAAAGGUUUUGAGACAAAUUUCCAGCUAUUAAUUAAGGCCAGAGAUCCUCAACAGGAAGCUAAAGAGGAGUUGGAGAACUUAAAGAAGCAGCACGAUUUAUUGAAAAGGAUGCUACAACAGCAGGAACAAUUGAAGGCUCUUCAAGGAAGACAGGCAGCUCUUCUUGCUUUGCAGCAUAAAGCAGAGCAAGCGGUUGCUGUUGUGGAUGAGUCUGUUGUAACAGAGACAACAGGUAGUGUUUCUGGAGUAAGCCUUACAUCAGAAUUGAAUGAAGAAUUAAUUGACUUAAUUCAGCGCUUUCAUAACCAACUUCAUGAUUCUCAGACUCAGUCUGUACCAGACAAUAGAAGGCAAGCAGAAAGUCUUUCACUUACCAGAGAGAUUUCACAAAGCCGAAACUCUUCAGUGUCAGAACACCGGUCAGAUGAAAAGGCACAGCUUUUCAACAAGAUGAGAAUGUUGCAGGGGAAAAAGCAAAAAAUGGAUAAACUGUUAGGAGAACUGCAUACGCUUCGUGACCAACAUCUAAAUAAUUCCUCCUUUUUUCCAGCUUCAAGUUCUCCUCAAAGGAGUAUUGACCAAAGAAGUACAACUUCAGCUGCUUCCGCUCCUGUGGGCAUAGUAACUGUUAUCAAUGGUGAAUCAAAUAGUCUGGCAUCUGCUCCCUAUCCUCCUGAUUCCCUGGCUUCUCAGAAUGAGAGUGAAGAGGAUGACAAUCUAAAUCCAACAGAAAAGCUUCAGAAGCUAAAUGAGGUUCGUAAGAGACUGAAUGAGUUACGUGAGCUAGUUCACUACUAUGAGCAAACAUCUGAUAUGAUGACAGAUGCUGUGAAUGAAAACACUAAGGAAGAGGAAGAAACAGAGGACUCAGGAAGUGAUUCUGAACAUGGGGAUCCACAGCCUGUUACAAAUAUUAGAAACCCUCAAGGAAUCAGUAGUUGGAGUGAAAUAAAUAGCAACUCAAAUGUACAGUGUGGAACUAAUAACAGAGAUGGAAGACAUCUUAAUACAGACUGUGAAAUAAAUAAUCGAUCUGCUGCUAAUAUAAGGACUCUAAAAAUAUCUUCUACUCUAGACUGUCAUAAUAGGGAGGAUGACAAAGAUACUGACCUACCCCAAGGUGACGAUGAUGAAGUGGAAGAAGAUAGAGCUAGUGAAGAUUCCAUAUCUAGUCACAGAAGCAGCCUGGGUGAUGUUGCAGGAGAUGCUGAGUUUGAGCAGAAGAUCAAUAGGCUUAUGGCUGCAAAGCAGAAACUUCGACAGUUGCAAAACCUUGCUGCUAUGGUGCAGGAUGAUGAUCCAGAACCUCAAGUACUCACUGCAAAUGCAUCUAACAUGGGUGACUUUUUGGGUGAGAUGGAAGAGAGAAAGCAACAACCGAACAAUGUUCGAGUUAGUACCAAUAAGUUGCAAAAAGAUGUAGGACUGAAUGAAAAAGCAAGAGAGAAGUUUUAUGAAGCUAAACUUCAGCAGCAGCAGCAGGAACUUAAGCAGCUACAAGAAGAAAGAAGAAAACUAAUGGAAAUUCAAGAAAAAAUUGAAGUGUUACAGAAAGCUUGUCCUGAUCUUCAAUCUGCUGGCCUGGGUAACAGUCCAGCAAAUAGACAGACUCCACCAGCAGCCUCAAAUCCAGCCAUAAAUGAGUGUAACACAGCUGGCAAGCCUUUACUUGAAUUUGGUGAAUCUGUAGCAGUAGGCAAUGAGUUAUGGUCUGAGAUGAGAAGACAUGAAAUUCUAAGAGAAGAAUUGCGACGGAGAAGAAAGCAACUUGAAGCUUUAAUGGCUGAACAUCAGAGGAGGAGAGAACUGGCAGAAACAAUAUCUACUGUUGCUGCAUCAGUUAAAAGUGAGGGGUCAGAAGUUCAGCAUACUCCCCAGCAGAGUAGGACAGAGAAUAGGACAAUGGCUACCUGGGGAGGUUCUACCCAGUGUGCACUAGAUGAAGAGGACGGAGAUGAAGAUGGUUAUCUCUCUGAUGGACUUGACCAGGCAGAAGAGGAGGAAGACGCGCCAAGUAUGACUGACAGCUAUUCUGUUUAUCCCAAUAACCAAAUACCAGAAAGUGUGUAUUAUCCCAAAGGAAAUAAGGACAGGUGGAAAAAUUGCCGUCCUCUUUCAGCAGAUGGGAAUUAUCGACCAAUGUCUAAAACUAGGCAGCAGCAAAACAUCAGUAUGAGACGCCAGGAAAACUUUCGGUGGAUAUCGGAGCUUUCUUAUGUGGAGGAAAAAGAACAAUGGCAAGAACAGAUCAAUCAGUUGAAGAAACAACUUGAAUUUAGUGUUAGCAUUUGCCAGACUUUAAUGCAAGAUCAGCAGACCCUCUCCUGUUUUCUACAGACUUUGCUUGCAGGCCCAUACAAUAUGAUGCCCAAUAAUGUUGCAUCUUCACAAGUACAUCUUAUUAUGCAUCAGUUAAACCAGUGUUAUACUCAACUGUCUUGGCAGCAGAAUAACGUCCAAAGAUUGAAACAAAUGCUAAAUGAUCUAAUGCACCAGCAAGAACAACAGUGUCAAGAGAAGCCAUCAAGAAAAGAGAGAGGCAGUAGUGCACCACCACCUCCAUCUCCUGUUUUCUGUCCAUUCAGCUUUCCUCCACAGCCUGUGAACCUGUUUAAUAUACCGGGAUUUACUAAUAUUUCUUCAUUUGCUCCAGGUAUAAACUACAAUCCAGUGUUUCCUUCUGGCUUUGGAGAUUUUGCACGCAGUGGUUUUCCACAAAGCAGUGAGCAGCAGCAACAUCCUCUAGAUCAUAAUACUUCUGGAAAAACUGAAUAUAUGGCAUUCCCCAAACCUUUUGAAAGCAGUUCCUCUAAUGGAGCAGAAAACCAAAGGAGUCAUAGGCAACCUGAAGAUGAAAUGGAAAAAAGAUCAACUUGGCUUAAUGAUAGCCAGGAAGUGAAAAAAGAUGAUCAAUCUCAACUGAAAGCAGGCUUUCCAGUUUCAGUACAGAGCACUGCUUCGGGUCAUAAAAAUCACUCUGAUAUGAGCAGGAGAAGAAACUUUGAUGAAGAGUCCUUGGAGAGUUUUAGUAGUAUGCCUGAUCCAGUUGACCCAACUACUGUGACAAAGACAUUUAAAUCUAGGAAAGCUUCAGCUCAGGCAAGCUUGGCAUCAAAAGAUAAAACACCCAAAUCGAAGAAUAAGAGGAAGAAUUCUUCUCAGCUAAAAGGCAGAAUUAAGAAUACUGGUUAUGACAGUGCGAGUGCUUCUAGUGUGUGUGAACCCUACAAAAGCACUAAAAGUAAACACUCUGAGGAGGUUGUUCAUGCAAAGGUGUUCAGCAAGAAGAACCGGGAACAACUGGAAAAAAUAAUUAAAUACAGUAGAUCUACUGAAAUGUCUUCAGCACAUGCUAGGAGAAUUCUGCAGCAGUCUAACAGAAAUGCAUGCAUUGAAGCACCAGAAACUGGUAGUGAUCUUUCUAUGUUUGAAGCUUUGCGGGACACAAUUUAUUCUGAAGUCGCAACUCUUAUUUCUCAAAAUGAGUCUCGGCCCCACUUUCUUAUUGAACUUUUCCAUGAGCUACAGCUGUUAAACACAGAUUACCUAAGACAGAGGGCCCUAUAUGCUUUACAGGAUAUAGUGACCAGACAUUUAUCUGAGAACAACGAGAAGGGGAAAUGCAUAAAAUCUCUAAAUACUGCAACAUGGAUAGCAUCAAACUCUGAACUCACUCCCAGUGAAAGUCUUGCUUCUACAGAUGAUGAAACGUUUGACAAGAACUUCCCUACAGAAGCAUGUCAGGACUGUGAACAAAAUGAUGCAGACAAUGGGAGUACUAUGUCUACAUCUUCACAUUUUGAACCCUUUGCCACUGAUGACCUUGGCAACACAGUGAUUCACUUAGAUCAAGCUUUGGCUAGGAUGAGGGAAUAUGAGCGUAUGAAAAUUGAAGCUGAAAGUACCCUUGGCUCUGAGGGCUGCUCUAGUAAUUUUCAGGGUGCUACUGCUGCUAAAUUAGAAGGUCCCAGCACGAGUGAAUGUCUUUCUGUGCCACAGUCAAGUGAUGUUUCUGCUGUCCCAUGUCCUCGCAUAGACACUCAGCAGCUUGACCGGCAGAUUAAAGCAAUUAUGAAAGAGGUCAUUCCUUUUCUGAAGGAACACAUGGAUGAAGUAUGUUCUUCUCAGUUACUGACAUCAGUAAGACGUAUGGUGUUGACUCUUACACAACAGAAUGAUGAAAGUAAAGAAUUUGUCAAGUUCUUUCAUAAGCAACUUGGCAGUAUUCUUCAGGACUCCCUGGCAAAAUUUGCUGGUAGAAAAUUAAAAGAUUGUGGGGAAGAUCUUCUUGUGGAGAUUUCUGAAGUAUUAUUUAAUGAAUUAGCCUUUUUUAAACUCAUGCAAGACUUGGACAGUAACAGUAUUUCUGUAAAGCAGAGGUGUAAACGCAAAAUAGAAACUGCCGAAGAGAUGCAGUCUUAUGCUAAAGAGGCAGAAAAAGGUCUCCAGGUGGAUGUUUGUUCAUUUACUGAAGAUAUCGAUGAGGACAAAGACAAGGAUGAGACUGAAAUUGUCAAACCAGUACAGGGCUUAGAAACGUAUGAUGGUAAUGAAGUUCCUGAAAGCAUCAAGUCUGAUGCUUCUGACCAAGAGGAAGAUGAAGAAAGUGAGAGUGGCCCAGUGGCAAUAAGUUUAUCAAAAGCAGAAACACAAGCUCUCACUAAUUAUGGCAGCGGAGAAGAUGAGAAUGAAGAUGAAGAAAUAGAAUUUGAGGAAGGACCUGUUGAUGUGCAGACAUCGUUACAAGCGAGCAAUGAAACAGCAACUGAAAAUGAACAGACUUCAAGCCAGGAAAUGAAUAAGUCAAAAGGCAGUGAUAUUUUGUCAUCUGAACAACAAUCUGUUAAAGGUGAACAAGAUGCAGCUACAAUGUUACCUCAUUACCUCAAUGUGGUGGAGAACACACCACCUUUAGCAGUGAAUACUCCAGAAUCGUUUAUAGCAGCCAGUAUGAACGCGGAAGAAUCAAGCUCAUCUUUACCAGAAAAUGAAACACAAAUGCUAGAUGCAGCAUGUGUAGUAAACAAGUCCUCUGCUGGAAGUUCAGAAAGCUCCAUGGCUGGCAGUCCUGACACAGAGUCACCUGUGUUAGUGAAUGAAUACGAAGCUGGUUCUGGAAAUAUAAGUCAAAAAUCUGAUGAAGAUGACUUUGUGAAGGUUGAAGACUUGCCCCUUAAACUUGCAGUCUAUUCAGAGGCAGAUUUAUUGAAGAAAAUAGCAUCAGAGGCCCAAACCAACAGCUUGUCUGAUGAAUUAUUGGAUGGAGGUGGGCAGCAAGAUCGAGAAUUAGUUGGAGAUGCCCAAACUCUGAAAGAACCAGAAUUGCAAAAUCUCUGUUUGGGAAAAACAAAAUGAUUUCUGUUAUAAGGAAUACUGCAAAUUAGAAAAACUUGAUGUGUAUGAUGACAGUAAAUAUUUUCAUUGUCAUUUUCAUGAAACAACUUCUGCAGCUACAAAAACUUUAUGGUAAUGUAAGUCAAUUUAUUUAUGGUUUGAUAGGAUACUGAUGUUGUGAAAUGUCAUGGUAUUGUUCCAAUUAUCAGAGGUGAGAUGACUUGUGAUUUAUGGAUACCUGAUGUAAGUCUCAGAAAAGAGUAAAAUAUUUGCCUAGCCAGUUUAUUAUUAUGAAAGUUUCAGUUAUGUAGAGCUGGGAUAGGAAGUGGGGUGAAGAAAACAAGUAAGGGUUUGUUAUAGGAAUGCAGAGAUAGUUACCACCACAGUGUCACAAUGUUCCAUGAGUCUGGUCAGCAGCAGUAGAGGGUUGGGGUGCAGAUUCUCUCUCUGUUGAUUGCAGGCUGAAGGGAAACACAAAAAGGGAAAAACAUGCACAUAUUUUUGUGGAGUGUGUGUGUCUAUAUAUACAUAUAUAUUAUAUACACUGUCCAGUUCUUCUUGGGUUGCCUAUAGUGAUGGCACACCUGAUACAGGUGCAACAUCCAGUGCAGGUUUAUCCACGUCAGAGAAGCCAAGGCCUCCAAGCUAAUCCCAAUUCCUCAAACAACAUAAGCUGACGAAAGCAUUUCUCCACUGCAGUUGUAGUGACAGCAUAGAAUCUUCCAAGAUAAUGCGAAGAAGCAUCUUUCAUUUCAUACACUGCCUAUCACCAUUUUGCUUGUCAUGACUGUGCUAGCAGACGUCCAUCGUCUCAAUCUGGUGAAUAUGAAUGCGGAAGCCUGAUGUAGGUACAGUCUGGAUAAAAACGCCGUGCCACAGAAAAUCUGUAGCUAGCGACUAAGACAGUGUUUAUCUGUGUAAGUGGGAUAUAUCUGUAGCUUUUCUUUAAGUAGGUCAUGAUUUAAAGUACUUAUGGAGAAGAGGCGAGGAUAAAUAUUUCUUGUAAGUAUCCAUUAUUGAUCAUAUUCUUUAUUGAGUUGAAGUGUGGUUAGGGUUCUGUAUGAUGCUUUGUUAGCUACUAGACAAUAAUGAGUAUAUUCUUUAUU